GCUUUGAUUGACUACGCUCUACAGGUAGACCAGUAUCAUGCCUGCCACCCUAUCCAAGAGUACCACGCCACGCGAACGCAAGCGACGCGCUCAUGCAAAGUCCAGAAAAGGUUGCAACAACUGCAAGCUACGACGGGUCAAGUGCGAUGAGACGAGGCCAGGCUGCACCAAAUGCAAGACCUAUGGCGUCUCUUGCGACUUUGGAGAGUCAAAAGAUUCUCUAGACGCUGCCACUCAUGGCUCGUUCCAAGUCAAUCUUACGUCGGUCAUCGAAGACUCUGUAGUGUUUGAUGGAAGGAAUGAAUCACCAAACUGGAUCCAAAUCGAUAGCCCGAGGUCAGAAGUCUACGGUAAAGCUGCUAAGUCCCUGGAAUUCACAACGACUAGCAGUGUCGUCAGCAGCUUGGGCAACCCAUGGUCUCCUGUUUCCAGCAACGCUAACAUGACCGCCAUGAUUUCCGGCUCACUCGAAUCCGUAGCCUUGAGUCAAUACGUACGGCUAGAAACAGAAGCGGCGCCGUUGUCCCCUGGGUGGUCCUGGGAGUUUACCGAAGUAGACUUUGAGAUUCUGACGCGGUUCCAGAGUAGGACGUCUUUGACCAUCGGAGAUCAGCGUAUGGCACCCGAGUAUCGAGAUGUAGUGUGUCAACUAGCCUUUCAGCACCCCUUCCUAAUGCACAUGCUCCUGGGCCUGACUCUGAUGCACGACUCCGACCUUUCCCUGCGUCAUUCUCCCGCCCUUUCUGCCAAGCAACAACACAUGUCGCUCUUCCACUGGGACCUUGCAACUAGCCUCUUCUACCGCAUCAUGGCGUAUCCGCUGACCCCUGCCUACCGCGAUGCCAUCUGGGCCACUGGUGUCCAUCUUGGCGCCUCAUCUUUCUGGUUCGUCGAGUCCAACGAUCCGAAUGCCGUGUGGCCCCUGAAACCCAGUGAGCCCAGCGACCUAUCCUGGAUCAAAUUCGGAGAGGGCAAACGACACCUGUGGCGCAUUGCAGAUCCCAUGAGGGAGGAUAGUUUGUUCCACAACGUACUGAAGCACAGACCUCGUUCGCCGGCACCGCAGUGGGUCAAUGGCGAAGACACGGAGUUUAUCCCAGAGAUCUUCCAAACCCUGUUUGAUAUCCACGAGUCUUCUACGAAAGAGAAUAACCCGUAUCUCGUCGCUGUCGUCAUUCUCUCGCGCAUCCGAAACAUGCAUCUGACGCACGCCAACGUGCUGCACUUCCUCUACUUCACAACCUUCAUCACACCCGAAUUCAUCGAGCUGCUCGAGCACAAAGACACAAGAGCCGUGUUCCUACUCGGCUGGUGGUUCAGGAUCCUCGAAGACGGCGACCUCUGGUGGAUGACUCGGCGCGCGCGGAUCCAGGGAAAAGCCGUCCGAAUGUGGUUGCGCGGGCGCAACAGAGAGCUCGCCCAUCUGCUGGAUGAGCUGGCUAGAGAACGCGUCCUGUGUGCAAGCGAGACGCCAACCAUGCAGAUCGACGGGCCCUGUGAUGGCGAUAAAAAUGGCUUCGACGUGAACUGGGCGUUGGAUUCGCGUGGCAAAAUUCCCGUGGAAAAGUAAGUUGGGAAAAAUUAAUAAAAGUAAUUUACUCGUUCUUUUUUU